GACCCAUCGACACUCCCUCCCCCCUCUCCCUCCUCCCCCCCGACAGGUAGGUCGCCAUCAAUCCACCAUGGCAAACGACCUUGAGAACGGCAAUGCCGACAAAGAGACGGAUGCUUUCGCCAACCAGCCCGAUGAGGGAGAAUACGGCAACCUCAUUCGUUACAUCUCCCAAUACCGCGAUGGCCGCAGGGCCUCAACAGUCGGCUCAGAAGCGCCAAAGAAGAAGCACUGGUGGCAGCGCGCAGCGAAGGGCGCCGGUGGUGAAGGCUUCGAGACUCCCGAAGAAUGGUUGAACACCGACAUGAAGCAGGGUCUGUCCAGCCACGAGGUUGAGCAGCGCCGCAAGAAGACCGGUUGGAACGAAUUGACCACCGAGAAGGAGAACAUGUUCCUCAAGUUCCUGUCAUACUUCACCGGUCCAAUUCUCUAUGUUAUGGAACUUGCCGUCCUCCUCGCUGCCGGUCUUCGUGACUGGAUCGAUUUUGGUGUCAUUAUUGGUAUUCUUAUGCUCAACGCUGUCGUCGGUUGGUACCAGGAAAAGCAGGCUGCGGAUGUCGUCGCCUCCCUGAAGGGUGAUAUUGCUAUGCGAAGCACUGUCGUUCGUGACGGCCAAGAACAAGAGAUCAAGGCCCGCGAACUUGUUCCUGGUGACAUCAUUAUUGUCGAGGACGGACAAGUUGUCCCUGCCGACGCCCGCAUCAUCUGUGCUUACGACGACCCCGCCGGAUACGAGACCUACCUCAAGGAGCUCCAAUCUCGACUCCACGACACUCCUGAGGAGAAGGACGACGAGGAUGAAGUUGGAGGCGAGAAGCACGGUUCCGGAUACGCUCUGCUUGCCAUUGAUCAAUCUGCCAUGACUGGUGAGUCUCUCGCCGUCGACAAGUACGUCGCAGAUGUCAUCUACUACACCACUGGUUGCAAGCGUGGAAAGGCCUACGCCAUCGUCACCCACUCCGCCAAGAUGUCUUUCGUCGGUCGCACUGCUUCAUUGGUUUCUGGUGCCCAGGACCAAGGUCACUUCAAGGCUAUCAUGAACUCUAUCGGUACGACUCUGUUGGUUUUGGUCGUCGGCUGGAUCCUUAUCUCCUGGAUUGGUGGCUUCUUCCACCACCUCAAGCUUGCCACCCCCGAGCACAGCCAGAACGUUCUCCUCCGUUACGCCCUUGUUCUCCUGAUCGUCGGUGUCCCCGUCGGUCUUCCCGUCGUUACCACCACCACCCUUGCGGUCGGUGCUGCGUACCUCGCUGAGGAGAAGGCUAUCGUUCAGAAGCUCACUGCCAUUGAAUCCCUCGCUGGUGUCGACGUUCUCUGCUCUGACAAGACUGGUACGCUUACCGCUAACCAGCUCUCCAUUCGUGAGCCCUUCGUCGCUGAGGGUGUUGACGUCAACUGGAUGAUGGCUGUCGCUGCUCUUGCUUCCUCCCACAACGUCAAGUCUCUGGACCCCAUUGACAAGGUCACCAUUCUCACCCUCAAGCGUUACCCAAAGGCCAAGGAGAUCCUCGCCCAAGGCUGGAGAACCAUCAAGUUCACCCCCUUCGACCCUGUCUCCAAGCGUAUCACUGCCAUUGUUGAGAAGGAUGGUGUCACCUACACCUGCGCCAAGGGUGCCCCCAAGGCUAUCCUGAACCUCUCCGCUUGCUCCAAGGAAGAUGCCGACAUGUACAAGGCCAAGACCACUGAGUUCGCUCGUCGUGGUUUCCGUUCUCUUGGUGUCGCCGUCAAGGAGGGUGACAAGGAAUGGCAAUUGCUCGGAAUGCUGCCCAUGUUCGACCCUCCCCGUGAGGAUACCGCCUCCACCAUUGCUGAAGCUCAAGUUCUCGGUCUCGCCGUCAAGAUGCUUACUGGUGAUGCCAUCGCCAUUGCCAAGGAGACUUGCAAGAUGCUUGCCCUCGGUACCAAGGUUUACAACUCUGACAAGCUCAUCCACGGUGGUCUGUCUGGUACCACCCAGCACGACCUCGUUGAGAAGGCCGAUGGUUUCGCUGAGGUCUUCCCUGAGCACAAGUACCAGGUCGUCGAGAUGCUCCAACAACGUGGCCAUCUCACUGCCAUGACUGGUGAUGGUGUCAACGACGCUCCUUCCCUGAAGAAGUCUGACUGUGGUAUUGCCGUCGAGGGUGCUACCGAAGCUGCUCAGGCCGCCGCCGAUAUUGUCUUCCUUGCUCCUGGUCUUAGCACUAUCGUCACUGCCAUCAAGAUUGCGCGACAGAUCUUCCAACGUAUGAAGGCAUACAUUCAAUACCGUAUCGCUCUUUGCCUUCACUUGGAAGUCUACCUUGUCACUUCCAUGGUCAUCAUCAACGAGACCAUCCAAGUUGAUCUCAUUGUCUUCCUUGCCCUGUUCGCCGAUCUGGCCACCAUCGCCGUCGCGUACGACAACGCUCAUUUCGAACAACGCCCUGUCGAGUGGCAACUUCCCAAGAUCUGGAUCAUCUCCAUCGUCCUCGGUGUCCUCCUGGCUCUCGCUACCUGGGUUGUCCGUGGUACUAUGUUCUUGCCCAACGGUGGUAUCAUUGAGAACUUCGGUUCCAUCCAGGGUAUCCUCUUCCUUGAGAUCUCCCUUACUGAGAACUGGCUCAUCUUCGUCACCCGUGGUGGUAACACCUGGCCCUCUUGGCAACUCGUCGGCGCCAUCUUUGGUGUCGAUGUUCUUUCAACCGUCUUCUGUGUGUUCGGUUGGCUUGAUGGUGGAUGGGGAGAGCCUUCCAACCCUGCCACCCACAACCGUCUCCUUUCCCACCGCAACACCUCCAUCGUCACUGUCAUUGUCGUCUGGGCAUACUCCAUCGGUGUCGUCAUCGUCAUCGCCAUCGUCUACUACCUGCUCAACAAGUGGUCCUGGUUGGACAACCUUGGACGUGCCAAGCGCAGCCGCGCUGACACCCAAAUGGAGAACAUUCUCAUGCAUCUCUCCAAGGUUGCCGUCCAGCACGAGCAGGAUGAGCACGGAAACAGCCGCUGGCACCUUGCUCCUCGCGCCACCGAGGCCGAGGAGGAUGAUUAG